GCGGCGACAGUACGAUGGCCUAUCUCUCAACGGCUCGUGUCGCCCGUGUCUCGAAACCGCUUCAAACGGGCAGCUGUGACUGUAUUUGGUUCUCGUCGUUCUCGUACGUUGCUGUGGAAACGGUGCAGAGACAGCACAUUGGUUUAACAGUCCCAAAGUCCCCGUCCAGACCUGUGGACCCGCUACAUGUGGACCCGCACUGCCGCCACUAGCCCACUACUACUGCUAUUGCCACUAUUGCUCUCCCGUGAUCUUCAGAAAAAUGGCGGACAGUGCUAGUGAAAGCGAUAGUAGUUCUGUAGACGGGGCAAUGAUUGCCCCGUCGCCCUUAACUCGUGAACAGUUUCAGAAACGACUAGACUCUCUUCAGCAAGAAAACAGGGUCCUCAAAAUGGAGCUCGAAACAUACAAGCUCCGAGUGAAAACUCUGCAAGAGGAGAACCGCGCACUGCGUCAAGUUAGCGUCAACAUUCAAGCCAAGGCGGAGCAAGAGGAAGAAUUCAUAAGUAACACGUUGCUGAAAAAAAUACAAGCCCUCAAAAAGGAGAAAGAAACCCUGGCCUUGAACUAUGAACAGGAAGAAGAGUGCCUGACCAACGACCUCUCCCGAAAGCUCAACCAGUUGCGCCAAGAGAAAGUGCAGCUGGAACAGAGCUUGGAGCAAGAACAGGAAGCACUGGUGAACAAAUUGAUGCGCAAAAUUGAGCGCUUGGAAGCACAGACUCUAGCAAAGCAGAGCAACUUAGAGCAGCUGAGGAGGGAGAAGGUGGAGCUCGAACAGACCCUGGAGCAAGAACAGGAGGCCCUCGUGAACCGCCUGUGGAAACGAAUGGACAAGCUGGAGGCGGAGAAGCGUCUCCUGCAGGAACGACUGGAACAACCUUCCUCGGGGCCCCCCAGCCCCCCUGCUCGCCUGGGCGGGGUCCUGGGUGUCUGCCUGCCACCUGGUGACCCGGUGUCUCUUGGCACCCAUGUGGCCCGCCUCAGGGGGGAGGUUGCGCGACUGCGAUCGCAGCUUCGAGAUGCGCAGCAAGAGCACAACGACAAGAUGGCUCAGUUUGCUCAAGAAGAGAGGCAGAUCCGGGAGGAGAACGUACGACUGCAGCGGAAACUGCAGCUGGAGAUGGAUCGUCGCGAAGCGCUCUGUCGGCACCUCUCUGAAUCUGAGUCCAGCUUGGAGAUGGAUGAAGAAAGGCACUUCAACGAAAUGUCGGUCCAUGGCAUGAGGCAGAGGACAGUGUCUAGCCCUAUACCCUACAACCCGUCACCAAACUCGUCACGACCCCUGAGUCCAGGUAUACCAGGCUGUGGUGGCGGUCCCAGGGAGGCCCUCAGUCCCCCCAGCUCAAUGACCCGGUGCCAGAGCUGUGGGCAGCCCCUGUUCCAUCCUGCACCUCCUGCUUUUCUUCUCCCCACACCAUCACCACCAACAAUCACCAUGCUACCACCACACCCUGCGAGUUUCCCGUCGGGAAAUCAGGCACGUGCCCGUACGUCGUCGCAGGAACGCUUUCCCAAAGUGGCAACCCAGUGCGCCGUUACCCCGUCGGACCAAAAGAGCCGAAGCACGACUCCCCCUCCUCCUCCUCCUGCGCUGCCCGCAAUGGCUGCCUCCCCAAUGGCGGAAUAAGCGGCGACGGAAUAGGCGGGCACCUUGGAGGAAGGGAUUGUACAGUGUAGAGAGCGGACUGAAAGAAGCUGUGGAAGAUGAUGACGUGAGACGUGUGGGAGGGGUGUCGCUCUGAAGAGCAACGGGGAGGAUGGGAUACGAGAGGGGUUGUGUGUGUGUGCGUGCGUGUCGAAAGUCAGUUUAUUACUUAUCUCCCCGUAAGCCUGAAAGGCUGGAUGAACACGGUGCAGUGUUUGAUUGCAUAGUUAACUUUUAUCACCAAAAAAAAAAAAAAAAGGCUUCAUUCGCAUAGUGUGUGAGAUAUUGAGGCCGUCCCAGUGUGGAAAGUGGGUUGUCCUACGCGGCUGCCAUGUCCGUUCUUCUGUCCAGAGUAUCGUGUCGGAUGGAAUCUUUGUCUUCCUUAGCCAUGCUUUGAGUGUCUGAGUGACGGGGGAAGUCACCUUUGCUUGCGCUGACGCGGAACGAUUUCUGUCGCUUUUGUAGCUGCACGACCUGCGAGAAGCACCCACGCUCCGUUUGCUGUCCAACAGACGACUGUUUCCUUUCUCUCUUUCUCUCUCUCUCUUUCUUUUUCAAUACAUAUUUUGAUGGCACAUGUAGUACGUCGUGAUGGCAAUACAAGCUGUGUGUCUCUGAUGGGCUGCUCUUUUUCAAGUACGGGAAUCUGGGGCUUUUUCUAGUCAUCAGGCCUCCUGAAUAUGAAGAAAAUAUUAUGAGAAUUGCGUGUGACAACAGCAACAUUACUGGGUGUGCUGGUAUGCUGCCCUGCCGACAUUUUCAUGUAUGGUAGCGUGUCACUGUAGCUCUUUUAUUAAGAAUUGGGGGGGCUAACAGCAGUGUCGACGUGGCUAUAGGUAACACUUCAAAAAGUUGGCAUUGUGUGGACAAAGUUUUGUUGCUGGAGCGUGUAAGCCUCGUCGACACCUAAGGCUGUCCAGUUUUUUUCGUGACAAUCACACGCGUGCACUUGCCUACAGCAGCUUGCCUUCCAACUUUGUUCAGAGUGGUUGUGAAUGAUAUAUGUGUUUCCCUUCUUUUUUUUUUUUUUUUUUCUGUGUGUGUGUGUGUUGCUUGACUGCAAACAGUUCAUGUGAUGUUUCUUCAGUACUGUUGUACGAAGAGGAAAUUGCUCCUUGCUCCAGUGUUGGUAGCCUUACGGUUAUUGUUACUGCAGAAAAUUAGGUUCAGUCAGGCAUUUUCCCUCGCGAAACAUUUGUCUGUAGAACAUGUGCUAAACCUUGGUGCAGGGUGAGCUAUUACAAAGCUGCAUGUGGAUUUGAGUGUUUCUUUUUAACUUAAACUAAACUCUCUUCGACAUCUACAGUUAGCAAAAGGCCCGCGUCUCUUAGUUUUUUUUUUUUUUCUGCAUGCGCAGUAUUAAGGCAAAACUUGACUGUGAUAAAUCGUAAAAGGGUUCUUGCUAGCAAACCUGUAAAAGAUAUAUCAAGCCGCAAUGAUCAAGUGCAUUGUACGCUGCUUGCGAACACGCGUUCUGUUUCCUGCGCUCCAUGACAUUACCACAGGCCUAAUGUGUUGGAAAGUGUGUACGUGUUAUACUGACAUGUUAUGUGACUCUCCAUCCUCUUGUUUGCUGGGAUGAGAGGAAAUGACCAUUGAUAAAAUUGUGCCUUCUUUCACAUGGCAACAAAUCCCUGUGCUUCUUCAGAUUACAGUGUUGUUUACCCUGAUGCCAAAUGUUACUUCCUGGACUGGGGGGGCUGUGUGUGAGACGGCUUUGCAAGAACACAUUUUGCGUACAAAGGGAGGCCGAAUACCAGCUGCAAUACGGGCAGCUGGUAGUCAAAACCUGUUGUGUGGAGUAGAUUCAUAACUGCAGAUUUCUUUGCUGCUGCCGGCGUUUUCUAAAACAGUGACAGAGUCGGUGUGUCCUUGAUUCUUUUGUGCAUAAAGAUGGAUCUACCUGCA